AUGAUCAUCAUUGUGAUUUUGGCAGGAUCGUUAACUUUUGUAACAAUUAUCGGAAACCUUUUGGUCAUUAUUUCUAUCACAUUCAACCGACAUUUGCAGACUAUUAACAACUUUUUUAUUUUAAGUUUAGCCUUCUCUGAUUUGAUAGUAGCUGUAAUAUGCAUGAAUAUUUACACAGUUUACAAUGCAUUUGGCUACUGGCCAAUGGGCCCUGUGGUAUGCGAUUUAUGGCUUGCCUUCGACCAUGUUGUUAAUAAUGCAUCAUCCAUGAAUCUCGUUGUCAUCAGUUUUGACCGGUACUUCUGUGUCAAAAAGCCAUUGAGUUAUCCUAUGAAAAGGACUCCUCAGAUGGCAAUGGUGAUGAUUGCCGCUGCUUGGGUACUGCCAUUCAUUAUGUGGGCUCCUUCCAUUCUCUUAUGGCAGUUCAUUGUCGGGGAACGGACAGUUCAUGAGGGUCAAUGUUACAUUCAAUUCCUUUCAAACCCAGUUGUUUCUCUAGCUAUUCUUAUAGUAGCUUUCUAUCUCCCUGCUUUCAUCAUGAUUGUCUUGUAUGUCUGCAUAUCCCAUGCCAGCAAGAGUCGAAUAAAGGAUAACAAGGAAUAUUCUGAAUCUUCAGUUAGUUCGGUGGCAUCAAACCAAAUGAAGGAGGAAACAAUCCAAGAAAGCACAAAUAUUUCUACCAUAGAAAGUGACUUGCGGGCAGGCAACUCAAACCUUUCUUGUGUAAUGGUAUUUAGCCAAUCAAACACUGCUUACGACUGCAUGACAGCAGAGACAAUGACAGAUUUCACCAGCAGCAACAGAAAUGAGAGAGAUAUUGAUGACAGCCACCGUAUCAAGAAUCCAGGCAAGACACGCAAUAAAAUAAAGAAAGUAGGUGUAUCCCGAGAGAAGAAGGUGACGAGGACCGUCAUGGUUAUUGUAUUAGCAUUUCUUAUUACAUGGACACCAUAUGUUUCCAUUCUUCUCGUUGACACUUUAUAUUCAGUCUCUAUCCCGAAUAUAGUCUGGAACUUAGGAUAUUGGCUGUGUUACACCAAUAGUGCCAUCAAUCCGGUCUGUUACGCACUUUGUAAUAACACAUUCAAAAAAACAUUCAAAUAUCUCCUGUUAUGCCAAUACAAGAAUUUCGUUACAGCAAAAUGA